AUGGAGAAGCCCAAUGCCCUCGGAAUCUCCGCCGACGAAUUCAAAGCCAUUGAGCAGACGCGACAGCGCCUUUUCCAGCUGUCCAACAGCAUCCAGGGUUUGAAGAUUGACGUCCUGAAGAGCAACCCGCUCCCGCCCCCAUCAUCCCUUCAGGCGCAAUCCCAGAUCCUCCUCCGCAACCUGCAGUCCCUCCUCGAGACGCUGACGGAGAACACCCACGUCUUCCAGCACCUGCAUGUCUACCCGGACGUCGCGUACCCGGGCCGCGUGCACGAGAACAUCCUCCUGCAACUCCUCCGCAAGAAGCUCGAGCCGGGCGUCGAGGAGUGGGUCGAUCGCGGGCGCGAGGCUACGAGAGAGUUGCGUGCGUCUUCUUCCGAAGGCGGCGGUGCCGGCGCGGGCGAGGCCGGACUUGAAGAUGUCUGGCGUGGAGUGCGUGAGUGGACCGUUGAGCGCGUGCAGCGGUACGUCCUCGAAGAGGCCGGCGACGUCUACACCGAGGAGGAGCGCGAGCGCGGCAUUGAGAACGUGAGGACGGGACUGAAUCGGAAUCUCGAAGACGACGAGGAAGAAGAAGAGGAGAGCGAUGAGGAAGGUGGCGGUGAUGGAGGUGGUGAGGACGGUGAUAUCAUCAUGUCUGGGCAGGAUCAUCAUCAGCAGCAGCAGGCGAAGCCGCCGAAGCCAACGGGUCCCGAGCCCGAGAUGCUGUUUUGGUUCGAGGCGCGAGGGGACUUUGACUUGCCGCGGAACGUGGACCUGUUGAGCCAGGCGGGCACAAAGCGUGGGCAGAUGGGGGCGAGGAAGUAA